CGGGGGGGGGGGGGGGCGGUACCUCAGGCGGCGGUGACGGCGGCCCCUUCACGUUCGCCCGUGCCGCACCCCGCGGGAGCAAACGUAGCCCUGCGGGGCUCUGGCAGAGGCGGCCCGGCACCCCUCGCUCUGGGGAAGGAGCCCGUGCGGCGGGGAGCACCCCCCCCCGGGGCCGCCGGAGGCGCCCCGACGCCUCAGGGCGCCGCUGAGCUCUCUCACGGCUCCACGCAAGUGGCGCCAGGGCCGCGGGAGCUGAGACGGCAGCGGUGGAGCGGCCGGCCUGCCAGCUACCAAGGGAACCCUGUCAGCUAGUACCGCAACAGGAAUGACGGUGAACACGCCUCUGUGUUUUAGAGGAAAGAAGAUCCUGGCUCCAAUGGUGCGAGUGGGAACAUUACCAAUGCGUCUUCUUGCUCUGGACUAUGGUGCUGAUAUCGUGUACUGUGAGGAGCUGAUUGAUAUAAAGAUGCUGCAGUGUAAGAGGGUUAUAAAUGAAGUACUUGAAACCGUGGACUUCAUUGCACCUAAUGAAAGAGUUGUUUUCAGAACUUGUGAAAGGGAGAGGCACCAUGUUGUCUUUCAAAUGGGUUCAGCAGAUGCUGAAAGAGCUCUGGCAGUAGCUAAGCUUGUAGAGAGUGAUGUAGCUGGUAUUGAUAUCAACAUGGGAUGCCCAAAAGAAUAUUCUACUAAGGGAGGUAUGGGAGCAGCACUGCUAUCUGAUCCUGACAAAAUCGAGUCUAUACUGACUACCCUUGUUAAAGGAAUUUGUAAACCAGUAACCUGCAAAAUCCGCAUUUUGCCCUCAGUUGAGGAUACUGUGAAUCUGGUAAAGAGAAUAGAAAAAACUGGUAUUGCUGCCAUUGCAGUCCAUGGAAGGAAGAAGGAGGAGAGGCCUCAGCACCCUGUCCACUGUGAUGUGAUCAAAGCCAUAUCUGAAGCAGUCUCCAUUCCAGUAAUAGCAAAUGGAGGAUCUCAUGACUUCAUCAAAGAAUAUACAGACAUUGAGACCUUCCAGAAAGCAACAGCUGCCUCAUCAGUAAUGAUAGCUCGUGCUGCCAUGUGGAACCCAUCCAUCUUCAGAAAAGAGGGUCUUUUCCCCUUGAAGGAAGUCAUGCAAGAUUACAUCAAAUAUGCAGUAAGAUAUGAUAAUCACUAUACCAACACAAAAUACUGUUUGUGUCAGAUGUUAAGAGAACAGCUGGAAACUACUCAGGGUAAGAAGCUGCAUGCUGCACAGUCCACACAGGAGAUCUGUGAAGCCUUUGAAAUGGCUGAUUUCUAUGAAGAAACAACAGCUAUUUUCGAAGCAAAGAAAACAUCUUCAGAAACUGAGACACAAGGUGAAGAUGACCAAAUGGAAGAUCCAGAUGUAAUAAAAAUGGCUGUUAGAUUUGACAAGCGAGAAUAUCCACCUCAGAUUACUCCAAAAAUGUAUCUUCUGGAAUGGUGUAGGAAAGAAAAGCAUCCUCAGCCUGUUUAUGAAACUGUUCAAAGACCAUUGGAUAGAUUAUUCUGUUCCGUAGUGACAGUAGCUGAGCAAAAAUACAGAUCAACUCUGUGGGUUCAUGGGAGCCAAACCUGAUCCUCAAAAGCCAUGAAAACUUCCCCACUGGGAAAAUGAGAGAGGUAACAUAGUAGCUGUCUUGGUUUAGGACUUUCUAAUCCUCUAAUUAUAUUAUCACAAACUGGGUACCUGAGACCAAUGGAGAAUGUUUCUGUUCCAAGGCCAGAAUUCUCACCUAGGUCUGUAGUUUAUUCCUGCUGGUUGCAAAGAUAAAAGCACCUAUCAGCAAAUAGGAGGGAUAUUCCUCAGUUUAGUAUGCAGUGCUACUUUGAUUUUUUUUUUUUUUUUUUUUUUUACAGUUCUGGGAUCCUAGACUCACAGAAAGCAGCUAUCUGUAUUCCUUCUUGCAUUAGUAAAUUUGGUUGGCUUUUCUGUAACUGUGCCUUAAACUGAUUUUCACUAAAUACACGUCGGCCUUUAGAGAAGAAGUUGUCUGUAACUUUUUAACAGAUUUUGGGAUACUGACAAAAGCUAAUCUUAGCUUAUUGAGGGUACUCUUCACUCGGGUCAGUGUGGAUGGGGAAGAGAGGGUUUUCAAAUGGUAAUUCAGAAUAGUUUCUGCUCAGUUGUUUCCUUAGCCUCACUAAGCUAAAGUUAGCUUUUGUAAAUACCAUUCUUUUCUUCAACUUCAAUAUUUAGAGUGGGCAUAUCAAGCUGACCAAUCUUUUUAUCUGAACAUAGUCACCUUGUUAAUCCCUGAAUUUCCAUUGCAAGCCUUUCUUGCAUCCCUGAGUGAACUAAAAUGAAUUUGGGAUUCAGAUGUUAUACCUGAGUUACUAGAACAGUAUUGUGCAGGUGUUGACUUCCAUUCAAGAAGGCAUUUAGCUGGGAUGACAAAAAAGUGUAUCUGUUUUCCUAUCUUUGCUUGGCAAUGAUUGCUUCUGUAGGUAGAGAUCAUUAAACAAUAUUUCUUCCUUGAUUUCUGUAGUGCACAGCUGGUAACAUUCAACUGGUAUCAGUGUUGGUUUUCAUUAUGUUACUUCCUUCUGCUGUAACUAGGGUCCUCAAGAGCAUGCGCAUAUCCCUUCAGCAGGAGCAUCUAGCACAGGGGCUGAGCAGACAGCUGAGUGGCCGCCAGCUUUGCUGGCCCCAACAAAGUCUGCCACCAAAAGUCAGUCAACACCUGAAGUGCCUUGCCUGACAUGUAAAGACUGUGUAGAAUAGCAACGUAGCAAGAAUACCUCAGAUGAAUUAUGAAGGUGGAAAACACGACUGGAUAGGGAGCCUUUUGCUCUAGCACCUGCACUCAUGAUAAUACGUAUGCAGGUAGUAAAGAUGUUUUAACUGAAGUGGAAUGAGCUGCUGGUUACAGUCCAGUUCUUGGCACGAAACAUCCUGUUGACAACUUCAGCACAAUCAUCAGUGGCAGAAAAAGAAAAGGGCAAUUAAAAUAUUUUUUAGUCCUUUUGAGUACAGUAUCUCAGAUCAAGACUCAGGGUCAGUGAUACGGGCUUCUGUGGAGUUUGUACCGUGACUGUCUAUGAUGUAGCUGAUCUCCUAAAAGAAUGUAAUAAUUUUCAGUCUUUGACACUGCUGUGCAAAUUAGCACAUAAAUUAGUAUGAUGAGAAAAUAGAGACCAACUGGAUGUGCAGUUGUCUGAUAUGCUUCCUUGGGAUUCAAGAAAUGGAACUGGGAAAUGUCCGGCAUAUUUCUAUCCAGUAUGCUUCCUAUCUAUUGACUGCUCAGUAUUUUGUGGACAAGUUCAUAACCUGUGCAUAGCAGAUAAAAGGUAUCAAAUUUAUUUUGCUAAUUUGUCUGGAUUAGUCAAUUAAGGAACAAUAUACAGUAUUGAGCUCUGUCAACAACCUGUGUAUAUAUAUUAUAAAUACACCCACAGUGUAUCACGAACUGCUGUAGUUUAACAUAAAACUAGCACCAAGAGGAUCUUCCUUGAUAAGUGAGGAAGUGGCAUGAUCUGUCAUUAGUUUCCUCCUAACGAGAAACAAUAUCUUCAACCACAUCUUUAGACUCCCACGCCAUUGUGGAUAUCAAGAUGUUAAGCUCGGUUUAUUUUAAAGGUCAUCAUGUGAGAUCUAACACACAAUUUCUAAACUAUAAACAAAACAUAACUCCACAAAAGGAAAAUGCAGAUUAUCAAAAGUGAGUGAAACUUAACACAAUGUCUAAAAAUAGACUCCAGCAUUACUUUUAUGACUUAAAAACAUCAGCAAUUAUGCACAGGGUUUGGCUUUUUUUGUUGUGAGAUGAAGUUCAGGUCUGUGUGGAAUAUAGUUUUAUUAUCUAUAUUAUAGCAACAUCCAAAAUAGGCCAAGUGUUAAGAGUAUAUGGAGCAUCUGCUAUGAAGAAUUUACCAUCUAAGAGAACAAACAUGAAAGGUAGGGCAGACAGGAUAUAACUGUAUACAAAGGGUGGAAGGUAGGGAGGAGCACAAAGCUGACUGACCCAUUUUUCACAAGAGCAGAGGAGAAGCUGGAGUACAUCUUUUUAUGCUUUUUGUGCUCUCUGUGACAGAAAAAGAUGGGUCUGGUAAAGGAGGAGGAAGCUGAGGGACUCAGAGUGGACUCAUGUCAUAGUCAAGACAUGGGACAAAGAAAAACCAUAUAAAGCAGUUUAAAGAAUGUGUUGUUGGAUGAACCAGUGAGAAGAAAGUUAAAGAAGAAAGUUCCAGGGAUCUGGAACUGGGGUUACAUGAAGACAUAUCAAUGUCAGAGUAGAAUGAUUUACCACCUGCCUGAGUGUUUUUAUUGAUGAUUUAGAUAUGGUUCUGAGAUGCUGGAUAAUGUCCUGGAUUCAUAUCUACCCACUACAGAUAUGGGAAGUGGCAACAUACUUUCUUAUAUAUGAUUCUUGACAGGAGAUUGUUUGAAAUGGAGAUCACCAUUGUUUCAAGUUUUUGCUAGUUGACUAUAAAGCUUUAGACUGAGUUACUUAUAAAGGAUGAAAUGCUGGGUAAAUUAGAUGGAUUAAAGUAACAUAUUUUGGAGCUAAGUUCUCACAAACUUAAAAGCUAUUUAGGCAAGGAAUUUUGCCUUGAGUCCUUUUCUGUUUGAAAUUUUUAAAUUGUAUGCUUAAAAAGAAGGAACUGGUAUCCAGUACUUCAUGGGAACUGCAUGAGAUUUCUCAAGAAAUGUAUUAUAUUUUACUGAGAUGGGAGGUGAACUGAAGAAUGCCAAAAAGGGGUAUUGAAUGACCAUCAGUUAAGGAAGUUGCUACCUGUCCUGAGUCUCAUAGGUGUAUUAGAAUGACACUGUUUGAACUAUGUUGCCAGUAUAUUCUUGGGACUAAUUAUUCCUGAAACAAAUAACACACAAUUCUCAGAGACACUAAAACUAAAUAAACUACUGUAGCAAUUAAUUCAAACAUUUUAAACACUUUUUUUCUUGAAAAGUGUGGAGAUAUAACUAAGGCAAGGGAAUAUGAAAACUGACUUGACAUCUGUUCUGAGCUCUUUCAUUGAGCUGUUCAGGCUCACCAGAAAUUUCAUCCCUUUGCAGUUCCAGUUCCUCUGUUAGCAUAGAGACAUUGUAUGUUAUCAAGGCUCAUGUAAUAGGCUGUGGUUCAAACCAAGUUACCAAGUCCUGGCCUCCUGCUUCUUGUUGCAACCUUCAUCGCUUUUUACCUCCUCCAUUGUGCCGGCACAGACACUUGCUUAUAGUUGCUUUUCUUUUUCAGGUGAAUCAGUUCCCUAAUCUGAUUCACUCUGGGACCACAUAGAUUAGCAGUGGCACAACAGCAAGAAAGGGUACGUGGGAAUGGAGAGUGCCUAGGGAGGGGAAAUGGGGACUGCUGAAGUCAAUAUUCAUCACCUAGGAAAGGUCAGUACAGCCACAGCCUUAUUAGCUUCAGGCCCAGAGAAGUACAUCCUGGCACCCUAACCUUUGCAUUUGUAGAUCUUGUUUAUGGACAGGGUUCAUAUUAGUCAAAUCAGAGUUGUAAUUUUUUGCAUCAAAUUGUCCUUACAAAUGGUGAGAAUCAUGGCUAUAGAGCCCUCCUGAAUAAGAACCCUGUACGUUGGGAAACAGUGUGCUCUGCAAGUUCUGUGAUUUCUGAGAGUCGCUAAGACAAAUGUUAUUUCAAUGUAAUUGAAGUUGUAUUGUUAAAAUACCAGUUAAAAUGACUGGCUACUGGCAGAACAGUGAGACCAAAACAGAUCCUAGAGCUGGCUAAACUUUUCAAGUAUUUAUUCAGUUUUGUAGAACAUCAUGCACCCCUGCAAUGAAAUCUGCUUCAAGGGUUCUGUUAGCAACAGCUAAUACAGCUGCUUUAUAGCCAGGCUGGCUGUGCCUGCGUGAGCUGUAGCACUAAGAAUGCCUACAGUGUACAUACACUCUCAGUCACAGUGGGAGAAGUUGGUGGGCCAGUAUCUGUAUUAUUUAAUGGUAAAGUAGUUGUAAUUCUUGUGGACUACCCAUGGAUUUUGAUGUAUAUGGCAGUAAUGCGAGUUUGUGAUGGAAAUCUCAAUUUCUGAGCGUAGAUUGUGAUUUUAGGGAAGACUGUAUCUGUUAAACCCUAGACGUUUUAUUGCCUCUUGCUAGUCCACAAUAGGCAUCAUGGCAGCUGAUAAACAAUUUAGUCAAAGGUAGAAUCUAAAAUUAAAUACCUUGUUUUACUUCUUUUGCCCUCCCACUAUUGUUUCCUGAAAACAAAGAAUAUUUUGAAAUAAUUUUUGAAUCCACAGCACACUUCUAAAUGUUUGUCUAGGGAGUUAGUGCUUUGGAAAAGGUUUGGAUUAGUGUCUGUAUAGGCUGAAGUCCUCUGUGUCUUGUGAAGUCAAUUCCAGAAAAGUAACCUUGGACAUCUCCUCCUGCCCCUGUAUUGCCCUCUCAGUUCUGCAAGUGCAUCUAUGUGUACAACUAUUCGGCUAACUAGACUGGGGAACUGGUGCAGGGUGAAAACAAGCCAGCAAAAUAGAGUGGUUCUGUUGGGUGGAAUUUUUUGAUAACCAAGGGUCACUGCCACCAGAAGAACUGCUGCUGAAACACUUAUUCUCAUCUAGGAUGACUUUGAACCAGGCUAUAUAGCCCCACAGUUCACAUUACCAGAUGCUUUGGACAGUGUCUCACUCCUAAAUGAAAGAUGAAAAUAGAUACUUUUUCAACACAGAAGUGGCAGCUGUAAGUAUUUAAAGGGUAGAUAUUGGCAACUACAAAUGAGCUGCAACUACAAAUGAGCUGAAAUGGAAGCUAAGUGGAUUCUUGCAUGGCUAACAGACAAAUAGCAUUCUCGUACAAAGUGCGUUGCCUUUUCCGGCAGUAAGGCACUCAGAGUUGAUUCUUGACUGUGUAACAGAUGCUGUGCCUCUUCUGUAUGCACAUAAGAUAUCACCAUUUAAUAUCUGGAGGGGGGUUAGUCUGCAGCAAAUGCAAGUUGGGGCAAUUCAAAAUGUGGACAAGAGAUCCAAUAUAUUUCAUCUUGCAGCAGUUUCUGAGUUAACUGGUUUUAAUUGUAAAAGAUUAUUUUUAAAAUAGAACUGCCAGAGGCUAAACUUUACAGAUCAUUAAAAUAUAAAGACUUUUUUCCAAAUGGUCAUCAGUUUCUCUCUUUAAAGAAACUGCUCUACAGUUGCCUACUCCUAUGAUAUUCCUAGGGUUUCCUAGUGAGACUUCACUCCUUUCUUCUAAAUCAUGGUAUUCAUUCACUUUGUUUCAGGGUAUUAACAGCCAUCGUAACCAACUGUCAGUGAGAACCUUGUCCAGUCCCUAGAGUAACAGGAGCCAACAAAAAGGAACAUUUUUCUUUCAUUCCUUUCUUAUGGUUGUCUGAUCAUUUGCCACAAAAAGCAGAUUAUUCUGACAGAACCAAGUUAGGGAGUGGCUCCAUGUGUAGUCAGACUGGCAGAUCUGAGAGGACUGGCAACUACAGAUAGUGUGGAGGAGUUCACCUCUUAAUACAGAUCAGCUGCAUGAGUCUGACCAUGUCCUCAAGUUCAGUAAUGGGCCCUCUCAGAUCAAGGCAGGGAAGACAGAAACUCCAUUCUCAAGGUGCCUUGUGAUACCAGUUCUUCUUUCAAAAAAAAAGAGCCCAAAUAAAUGCUCAGUUAAUGGCCCAUAUGAUUUCUGAAUGAUAAACUUGAAGUUCUGAUUGCUCUAGACAGGCAAAUGAGCUUGAUCCUUUGCUUUACUUGGCUAUGAGUGAAGCCAAGGUUUGCAGAGAGAUCCUCCAUACUGGACUGGUCCCAAAGAGCAGAAGGGAUGGAAAAAUGUAAGGAAGGAGAAGGCAAAGGUUCAGGGGAAAGAAUUGAAAGAAAACUUGUUCCAGGGUCCACACUAACCUUUUUUUCAGUACUCUUUGAUGCUGCUCCUGAGAAUCUACUAUUUUCUAAACUAACGAGGUGAUGACAUCUUCUACAGUAUGUUUUCCUGAUGAAUCCAGGUACUUCUUACAGCUGCUGAGAUAGGUGACAGACAAAUUAGACAUUGUUAUCUGUGAACCAUAUAACAUAUAUCUGGGAAAGCAUAUAAACUUUUUGACAUUAUUCACUCUUGAACUUUAAGGCAGAUUGGCAAAAAUAAUACAGUUGGCUGCGGUCUCCAUGUUCCUACCACAUCUAUAUAAAAUCUAAAUCUAGAUAAGAUAGAAGCUCCUUUAAAAGGAUUUAUGCAUUUUAGUUUUCAUCUGACUCCUGGCUCUAUAUUUUUGUCUAUAGAU